AUGCCUGACGACUGGCAACAGUACCAGGGCACUAUCGUCAACCUAUACCAGGGCCAGAACAAGACCUGUGACGAGGUCCGCAAACACAUGAAAAACAACUACGGCUUCGUGAAAUCGAGACGAAGCACGCCAGGACCCUCGAGCCCUUACGGGGACGGUCUGAGCCCAAACCGACCGGCUCCUUCUCCCUUGAAUUCCAACAUGGACACGGACGAGCCACCUUCCUCCCUUAUCGCCAACGUCUCCGGCGGCCUCCCCGGCCCGAUCCCUUCGGACGCUGAGAACUUUUUCCACUAUUUCGAUGACGGGACUACGGGAUCUUUCAGCGCCUACUCCCCCGGGGGUCAGUACCUCACUCCACCCGAUUACGCCGAUUUUCCACUCGCUCCUGGCUCUCCUCUCCGGGGUCCAAAUAGCCACAGCCCCGGCUAUCCACUCGUUCCUGGUCCUACCAGCCCGGAGCCUUGGGCGCCCUUCCAGCGAGGCGACUUCUCCCUCGCCGGCGCCUCCGAAUCCGCCAACUUCGAGGGCACUCAGCUCUCCAUUCAAACGGCUCUUAAUCCCUACACUGGACCUCCGGAAAUCAACAUAACGCCUGCGGAGGAGCUGGUUCAAGAUAGCCAGGAUUUGGGUUUCCCUGGUCCGGAUCGGACGCCGGAUUAUCUCUACGGUUACAACAAUGCUCGGCCGCCCCGGUCCGGAGGCAGGGGGCGGUAA